UUCAAAGGCUCCACGUUUGCCAAAGCCAAGCCUGAAAUUCCAUGGACAUCCCUAACCAGGAAAGGAAUUGUGAGAGUUGUGUUUUUUCCAUUGUUCAGCCAAUGGUGGAUACAGGUUACCUCCCAGCGUAUUUUUAUGUGGCUUCUGGUGCUCUACCUUAUGCAAGUGAUAGCAGUUGCGCUGUAUUUCAUGAUGCCUGUUGUGAGUGCGAGUGAAGUCAUGGGACCAAUGUGCCUUAUGCUGCUCAUGGGGACUGUUCACUGCCAGAUAGUGUCCACACAGAUGAACAGACCCGUGGGGACCAACGGGCUCAGCAGGCGCCGGAGGAAAUUGCGCAAAUCUGUGGGUGUUGAUGGGAACAGUUGGUCUUCUCCUGACAAAGCCAGUAAAGAAGAGCAAUCAGAAUCUGCAUCCACUUUUGACAAUUUAUUUGGCAUGCUUUUCCGAAGGAGAAUCAGAAGAGUAAAGCUGGUAGCUGAAAAGGGGACUGAGACAGAAAAUGAUGCAAGUGCUGUGAGUAAUGGCAUUAAACACAGACACGCCAGAUCGGAACACAGGCUGCUGCCCUUCAAAGAGAAAAAUAAACUUUCAGAUGGGGAAGAGAGUCAUCAGAAUGAGUGCACCAAUGCAGGUGGUAUUUCUGAUGAGCUUUCAAGUGAGGAGGAUGCUGAGGCCAUGGCACAAAGGAGUGUGUUACACCAGAGUGUGGAUGGGGCCUCCAGUGACAAUAGCUAUGAAGAUAAUAAGAAGAGACCCGUUGUUUCGCUGAACCAGGCUGUUUCACAGGUCAAACAAGCUCUUAAAGGCGCCAGAGACUCUGACAGUGUCGUGGAAUCUGAACUAGAGUCCACCCUAUACAGUCAGGACUCAAGGUCCUGCAUCAGUACAGGAUCUCGGAGCUGCAGCCUGACCCGGAGAGACUCCGAGAGCACCCGCCACGACUCUGAGACCGAGGACAUGCUGUGGGACGACCUGCUGCACGGGCCCGAGUGCCGCUCCUCCUGCACCAGCGACAGCGAGGAAGUGACCGUGAGAGGGGCGAGGCGGGACGCGAAGGAAGAUGUUUUCCAGCAGAACCAUUUGUUUUGGCUGCAGAAUACAAGUCCAGCAUCUGCAAAAGUGAGUGCACUGAUCUGGGAAGGAAAUGAGUGUAAGAAGGUGGACAUGUCUGUGCUGGAGAUCAGUGGGAUUAUCAUGAGCAGGGUUAAUGCCUACCAGCAGGGAGCAGGGUACCAAAUGCUGGGCAACAUCAUCACCAUUGGAUUAGCAUUCCUACCAUUCCUCUACAGACUGUUUCGCACAGAUAACCUGGAGCAGCUGUGCUCCAUUUCUGUAAAGGAGCUUUUGCACAUCUUUUGUGGUGCACCUGCUAGCAUUCCUGUCAUUGUUUUGUCUGCUAUCAACUUCCUUGAGCGACUUUGCUUAACCUGGAUGUUUUUCUUCAUGAUGUGUGUUGCUGAGAGAACAUACAAACAGAGGUUUUUGUUUGCCAAACUUUUUAGUCAUAUUACCUCUGCUCGGAAAGCCAGGAAAUAUGAAAUUCCUCAUUUCAGACUCAAGAAGGUAGAAAACAUUAAGAUCUGGUUAUCCCUUCGUUCUUAUCUAAAGCGGCGAGGCCCCCAGCGAUCUGUGGAUGUUGUCGUAUCCUCAGUCUUUUUACUGGCACUUUCAAUUGCUUUUAUAUGCUGUGCACAGGUUCUUAAGGGUCACAAGACAUUUCUGAAUGCAGCUUACAACUGGGAGUUCCUGAUCUGGGAGGCAGCACUUCUUCUCUUUCUAUUGCGCCUGGCAUCCUUGGGCUCUGAAACCAACAAGAAAUACAGUAAUAUUUCAAUCCUGCUCACUGAGCAGAUAAAUUUAUAUCUAAAGAUGGAGAAGAAGCCAAACAAGAAAGAACAGCUGUCACUAGUAAACAAUGUCUUAAAACUAUCUACGAAACUACUGAAGGAAUUAGAUACACCAUUCAGGCUGUAUGGACUAACCAUGAAUCCGUUGAUCUACAACAUAACACGUGUUGUGAUACUUUCUGCUGUCUCAGGUGUUAUAAGUGAUCUUCUAGGAUUCAAUAUCAGGUUAUGGAAAAUUAAACCAUGAACAGAUCAACAUCAGCAUCAG